AUGUCCAGCACAAGUUCGCAGGAGGAGCAAGCCAUUGCCAUGGAGGCCGCUGAGACCAUGGGGACCCAGUACUCCUCUCCAGUCAGCAUGGUCGAUGCCGACGCGAACACUGACAUCCCCAAGGACAAUCGACUUAUCCGCCUUCGACACAGUCGCCAGGAGGGAGCGUGGGUCCUCGUUAAAUUUGAUCCUUGCCACGUCAGAGCAGCUCAUCGGGGAACGUUCAUUGAUGCUCCGCGGCAGACAGGGCAGUCGUUCCACGAUGUCGUUCAGGAUGGCAAGGACGAGGCUCUCAUCUCGUCUCUUUGCCUUGGGGCGGCCGCUCCAGAAUAUGUAAUCUGCGCCCACCUCCUCCAGUUGGCUUUUUUUCAGAAAAAGGUCUCACUGAGUGCAGCGAUGUACACUUUGUAG